AAUGCCCUGUUUCUGUGCUGUCAUUCUUAUAUGGUUGAUUACCCAUCAUAAUUUUAUACACCUCUGUGAAAUCUCCCCUCAUUCUCCUACGCUCCAGGGAAUAAAGUCCACACCUAUUCAACCUUUCUCUGUCACUCAGUUUCUCAAGUCCCGGCAACAUCCUUGUAAACCUUCUCUGCAAUCUUUCAAACUUAUUAAUAUCCUUCCUGUAAUUCGGUGACCAAAACUGCACACAAUACUCCAAAUCCGGCCUCACCAAUGCCUUAUACAACCUCACCAUUACAUUCCAACUCUUAUACUCAAUACUUUGAUUUAUAAAGGCCAAUGUACCAGAAGCUCUCUUUACGACCCGAUCUACCUGUGACGCCACUUUUAGGGAAUUGUGUAUCUGUACUCGCAGAUCCCUCUGUUCUACUGCACCCCUCAGUGUCCCACCAUUUACCCUGUAUGUUCGACCUUGGUUUGACCUUCCGCAGUGCAAUACCUCACACUUGUCCGCAUUAAACUCCCGUUUUUGUCAGCGGGGGAAACCGAGAUUCGUAACGCCUGCCGGUAAACAACAGGGUCAGAUUUACAUCUCCCUCGAGGUCUGCUGGGCAUUCGUAGGUUCUGCAUUUGAAACUCCCUCUGACAGGGCAGUGGUUUAAAAAUAACCGGGCGUCAUCUGACAGAGACGCCUCCGCGGGUUGCCCCGCUCCCCGUCAGCGAAUUUUUGCCCGAUUCCCUUUUGCUUGGGGAGUGAAAGGCCGUCCCGCUCGUAGACAGUCUGGUCGUGGCUGAACCUCGCCGUGCAGAAUGAGCUUCCCAGACAGAGGUCGGGGCGUCCCCUCCAAAAACCGCACAUGCAGAGUGAAUCUCCCUCCACACCGUCCCAUCACACUCUCCCGGGGUCAGACACAGAGUGAAUCUCCCUCCACAUCGUCCCAUCACACACUCCCGGGGUCAGACACAGAGUGAAUCUCCCUCCACACCGUCCCAUCACACACUCCCGGGGUCAGACACAGAGUGAAUCUCCCUCCACACGGUCCCAUCACACACUCCCGGGGUCAGACACUGAGUGAAUCUCCCUCCACACCGUCCCAUCACACACUCCCGGGGUCAGACACAGAGUGAAUCUCCCUCCACACCGUCCCAUCACACACUCCCGGGGUCAGACAGAGAGUGAAUCUCCCUCCACACCGUCCCAUCACACUCUCCCGGGGUCAGACACAGAGUGAAUCUCCCUCCACAUCGUCCCAUCACACACUCCCGGGGUCAGACAGAGAGUGAAUCUCCCUCCACACCGUCCCAUCACACACUCCCGGGGUCAGACACAGAGUGAAUCUCCCUCCACACCGUCCCAUCACACACUCCCGGGGUCAGACACAGAGUGAAUCUCCCUCCACACUCUCCCGUAACUGGGAAUCGAAAGCAAAAGAAUUACUGACAAAUUUCCCGAAGGAAAAAGCGGGAUUCCCUGCAUUUUUGUCUGGUGCAGAGUAGUGAAGAAGAUAUUCAUUUGCUCUCCGAGUCGGCGGAUCUAGGCUGCAGACCCGUUAUCAGGAGGCAUGGCGGUCUUGUACUUUUUGUUGCUGCUAGUCCCGGUACGCGGGGGGGACUCUUGCUCCGAGCUGGAAUACCAAGGGGAACAUCGCUGCUGUAAAAUGUGCCCGGCCGGGAGCUACGUGGCCCAGGACUGCACGCUGACCAGGGACACACAGUGCCGGCCGUGCGGGGAUGGGGAGUACAUCGAAACGGCCAACGGCCAGCUGAAAUGCUUCCGGUGCAAGUUCUGCGACCCAGUUGAAGGCCGGGUUGAGCUGAGCCCCUGCACCCGGCGGAGCCCCACCAUCUGCGGGUGUGCCCCUGGGUUCGUCUGCGAGGAGCUGGUAAAGAAUGGGACUUGUUCUUCGUGCCGGAGAGAGUCGUUGUGCCCGGCGGGGCAGGGAGUCUCCAGUCCUGGUAACGAGACGGGGGAGGCUCCUUGCAAGCCCUGUUCCGAGGGGACUUUCUCCAGCUCUCCGUCGCGGAAACCCUGCAAACCCUGGACGAGGUGUGGAACCAAGGGCCUGCAGACCCUCCGGGACGGAACGGCAGUGUCGGACGCCGAGUGCGGCUCGGCUGGCCCGCAGAGAACCUGGGUCCUCGCCGUGGUGCUGGCCUGGGCCCUGGUCUUCUUCCUCCUCCUGAUCAUCGUGUGCCUGGUCUCCCGGAGGGACACUUCGUCAACGAGGACCAAGAAACUCUAUCUGUACCAGUGCUUUCAAAAUUUCAUUCCUGGACAGGAUGAGGUUUCGGACAAUUCCAGCAAACUUUUGAAGCAGAUCGUCUGAUUUCACCCCCCCCCCCCCACCCCACCGUGAUUCAGUGUUGUGGUGUAAAUAUUCUUUGAAGUGUCCCUGUAUUUAUCGAGCUGACCCACCAUCUCUAUUAAUCAUGGCAGUUCAGUGAUUUUCCACUCCUGAAAAAUUUAUUUUACUGUUCAGUAUUCGUCCGGGAUGAAAUAAAAUUGUUCUGACAGACUGA